ACGCAUGUGCGGACGGCUGAGGGGGCUUUCGGGGGCGCGCGGGCGGGCGGGGGGCCCCGGCGGUGGACACGGACACGGACGCGGACACGGGCACGGGCUUGGGUCCCGACACCGAGUCGGGCGCGGGCUCGGAGGGAAGUGGGCAGACAGACAGACGUACCCGCGACCAGGAGCCCCCCCAUGGAGGUGACGCCCCCCCUGCUGCCCCCCCAGGGGCCCCCCGUGAAGCAGGAAGCCCGGCCCGGGGAGGCCCUGGCCCCCGACUCCCCCUGGUGCCGCUUUCGCCACUUCCACCUGGGGGACGCCCCGGGCCCCCGCGAGGCGCUGGGGCUGCUGCGGGCGCUCUGCCGGGACUGGCUGCGGCCCGAGGUCCACACCAAGGAGCAGAUGCUGGAGCUGCUGGUGCUGGAGCAGUUCGUGAGCGCCCUGCCCGCCGACAUCCAGGCCUGGGUGCGGGGCCGCCGGCCCGAGAGCGGGGAGGAGGCCGUGCGCCUGCUGGAGGAGCUCUGGGGUCCAGUGACGUCCCAGGACCGGGCCCAGGAGCUCAGGGGACAGCGAGAUGUGACAGGUGCCGCUGGUGUCCCUGCUGGGAAGGAAGAUGGAGGGAUGAUGUCGCUAGGAGGUGAGCCGCCCUCGGGGGCUGUGAGUGUGACCGUGGCCUCUGAGCUCCCCCGUCCCUACAAGCAGGAGCCGGGCAGCCCCCCGCCCCUGCCCGCACUGCCCUCCUGCCUGCCCUGCUUCCUGGGCCCAGCUGCAGCAGCGGUGGCCACGCCGGCCUCGUGCCUCGAGUGCGGCAAGGCCUUCCUGAAGCCCGCCCAUUUGCUGAGACACCGGCAGAGCCACUCGGGCGAGAAGCCCCAUGCGUGUCCAGAGUGCGGCAAGGCCUUCCGCCGCAAGGAGCACCUGAGACGGCACCGGGGCACCCACCCGGGCCCGCCCCCAGGGACUGGAGCCACGCCCCCCCUGGGCCUGUGCGCAGGCCCCCGGCCAGCCCGAGAGAAGCCCCACGCCUGCCGCGACUGCGGCAAGACCUUCUAUUGGCGGGAGCACCUGGUGAGGCACCACAAGACGCACUCCGGGGCCCGGCCCUACGCCUGCUGGCAGUGUGGCAAAGGCUUCGGGCGGCGGGAGCACGUGCUGCGUCACCAGCGGACCCACGGCAGGCCCCCAGCCCCGGCUGGCCCAGGCACGGCCGUGGCCGCCACAGCCGGGGGCGGGCCCUUUGCCCCGUGGCCUGUGGGAUAGGGAGCCACGGGCCGUCACCGGUCACUCCCUUCUCCUCGUCCUCACCUCUCCGUGUCCCCCCUUCCCCCAGAUCAAGCCCACUCUCGGGAGGCGAGGAGGGAGCCCCAGACAUUUGGGAUGACAAGGAGGGAGCCGAAGAAAGGGG